AGCGCCGCGCAGCCGCCAUUUUAGGCAGCGGGCGGGGAGUAAGCGGGAGCCGGGAGGCCGCGCCGGACGGAGAGCCGCGGAUGCCGGCCUGUCGAGGGGCGUGUGAGGAACGAGGCAGCGAGCUGGGACCAGCAGCAGCAGCAGCAGCAGCAGGAGGUGGUGUGUGCGAGCAGAGCCAAGUGCGGCCCUCCCUCGCCGCCGUGUGCUUGUGAAGCGAGGAGUCGGGGGGAGGGGAGGGGAGCCUGGUCGCCAUGGCGGCCGCCAAGUUCGAAUCGCACGACCGGGCGAGCUGGUACUUCGGGCCGCUGAGCCGGCAGGAAGCGCAGGCCAAGCUGCAGGGCCAGAGGCACGGGACCUUUCUGGUGCGGGAUAGCACCACCUGUCCGGGCGACUACGUGCUGUCGGUGUCGGAGAACUCCAAGGUGUCGCACUACAUCAUCAACAGCCUGCCCGGCAAGUUCAAGAUCGGCGACCAGGAGUUCGAGCACCUGCCCGGGCUGCUCGAGUUCUACAAGAUCCACUACCUGGACACCACCACCCUCAUCGAACCGGCCGCAAGGGUGGCGGGCCCGCCCGCCUCAUUGGGCAAGGCAGUGGGCCCAGGCCCGGUUCAGAGCCACGUCCUGGUUGGGCCCGGCCCGAACUCAAGCGGCGAGGAUAGCGCCGAGUACGUGCGGACGCUGUACGACUUCCCUGGCAACGAUGUGGAGGACCUGCCCUUCAAGAAGGGCGAGUUGCUGGUGAUCGUGGAAAAGCCCGAGGAGCAAUGGUGGAGCGCCCGCAACAAGGACGGCCGCCUCGGCAUGAUCCCCGUGCCGUACGUCGAGGUGGUGGUCAAGUCCGCGCCGCAGCAGCAGCAGGCGCCGGGCUACCGCAACUCUAGCAGCUACGGCAUCCCAGAGCCCGCACACGCCUACGCCCAGCCCCAGACCAGCAGCCCCCUGCCCACCGGCGCCAACCCGCUGCCCACCACGCAGAACGGGCCGGUCUACGCCAGGGCCAUCCAGAAGAGAGUACCCUGCGCCUACGACAAAACUGCCUUGGCGUUGGAGAUUGGCGACAUCGUCAAAGUGACCAGAAUGAACAUCAGUGGCCAGUGGGAGGGUGAAGUGAAUGGUCGGCAAGGACUCUUCCCCUUCACUCAUGUCCAGAUCAUCGACCCCCAGAAUCCUGAGGAGAAUGAGUGACCUGAAGGUCUGAACAUUUGGUCACCUCCAUCUGCCUGUUCAUCACACAGUCAGCAUCAACAUUUGGUGCAUUGCUUCCAGAUUAAAGGGGGACACAUCAUUUUGCAAUGGAAAAGCGAUUGGUUUUUUGAGUAUCUGCUUAGCUGCUGGAAUUUAACGUUUCUGUCUGAGCUGUUCCCAUUUCCCAUUAAAACAACACCAUUACUAACCAGUGGAAAUAGAGGAGAGGAACAGCGUCAGUCCCGGUGCCUCAGAUUGGAACUUGUAGUCAACUGGGAUAAGUGUGUAGUUGGCCAAGCCCCGAAAACUUGGAACACUCAAAUGGAUAUUCCUCCUUCCUAUGUUUAUCAAUAGUGGCAUGCAGGGAUGUGACUGAGACUCAAUACUGCAUUAUCCUGAACAGUGUCACAGCUGAAUGAAUGAGGAUCUGAACUCACCAGAAUGUUUUUCAAUCGUUUUCAAUACAACGUACAUAUAUAUAUAUAUAUUAGCCAGUUGUGCUGCAAACAACAUGUAGAGGAGUCACCAAUGUUUUUGGAUGCAAUCAGAUAGAUAGCUGUAGAUAACAAUCAUGGAUGUCUGUUAUACAAUUCUGUCACACCUGUAAAACAAGCUUUUAAAGGGGAAACACUCUGAAUAGACAGCAACAGAAUUAAUCAUCCAGAAAAGUUGCCUGCAGGAGUCAACAUACAUUUUGUGGAGUUGGGCAGUAUCAACCAAGACGUUUUGGGUUUGAAAGCGGGUAUUCUGCAGACUUGCCUGGGGACUCGUGUUUCACUCAAUGAGGAGCUGUUCGUAUCUCGGAAUAGGAAGGCCAGGGUUCCACUUUUAACAAUUAUCCUUGUCUGUUGUUCAGGAAAUUUAGAAACCUACGAAGCAGGCAGAAACUAUUCCCAUGGAAAUAUGUGCCUUUUUGUUUUGGAAAUAAUUUCCAAAGUGAAAGUUUCUUAAUCUACCACCUUGAUGGCUGAUGUUGUGUGUCAGACAAGAAUAAGUGCAUUAUUAACCACGUGCGUCCCACUGCCCUAUCAGUAGUGCUGAUCUAGUGCAGGUGAUGAUGGCAGCAGUUGAGUUUGCUUCGUGGCUGACACACUUCCUCACGUACACAAUGUGCAAGUGCACAGCCUCUCAAAAAAAAGCUAUCCUUUGACAGAACAAUCCAAUCUCAAACUGAGCUUUCUUUGACUUCUAUCCUCAGUUUUAGUUGAUUUUAUUUGAAGUUCAAGACUACAUUAAUACAUGUGCACUGAAUUAAUGAGCUGUGUGAGAAUAUUGUUAACUACGGUGCAACACUAAAAGCUGAGGCUUGUCACCCUGCCACACCUAUUAAUGGCUGCCCAUUUGGGCUUGGUCAGUAAUACCAACACAGAUAAUACCUGUUGAGUAAUUAUACAGAAAUUGUCCACCACGACCACAGGACUCAGAGGGGAAGGAUUCUUCUCUGGGAAGGUCAGUUGAUCAUUGGUUUCCAAUAUUUCAGCAGUGGUGGGUGAAUAAAUGGUGGCAGCCACGCAUGGGCAGGUGAGAAAUUGUUGCUAACUGGAUUUUCUUCAGAUAGGGUGGUUAUUUUAAUCUGUUUUGUGGCCCCUUGAAUAGUGUUUGACAAGUGGGCAUGAUUGUUGAUCAGGUUCAUAUUUCACAGAGCAUUAAACAAAUGCCUUGGUAGUUCUGCUGCAGGGGAGGGGGAAAUGUCACCAUCAAACCAAAGUAUGUACCUAGUGCCUAAAAAUCUGGAGCUGUGGAAGGAACCAGGUUGAAGUAGAUUAGGUAUCACAGUCCUGUCUGCUUAGAAGUGGGUUUUUAGAACUUGAGCAAAUACAAGAAUCAGUAAAAAGAUGUUUUGAAUAUCUGUUUCAUAUUCCUCCAGCUGUGAUUCUGGACUUGCUGUGUGAACAGGUCUUGGGUCAUAAUGAAACAGCAAUGUUCAUCCAGUGCACUGUUCAACACAAUCAUUCAAUGUUUUGAUGUCUCUAUGCAUCUGCUGAUGGUAAUAUUUUCGGCCUAGUUUGUUUUUUUUCCUUCAUCAAACCACUAUGGAUCCCUUGGCUUGCCUGCCAAGUUAUUACACUGGACUCCUGAAAUUGUGUCUAGUUGCCUGGAAUACAUUGAGGAUGGGUGAUGUUCUUAUAGCUCUCUGAAUGGGUUCCAGUUUCUGAGUGUUUCCCCUUUACAAGUUGAUAGCACAUGGCCCGCUUCUGUUCCUGCUUAGUUUAUGUCCGUUCACAAUAUUUUAAUUAGGCUUGUGCCAUGGGAAGGAAAUAAAGCUGGUAUUUGGUUCUGGAAGGUGUCAAACACUGAGUGCAGCCUGAAGCUGAACCAAACUGUGCAGGGCAGAUGUACCCACCUUCACUUGCUUGCCUUCCCACUACAUCUGUUGCCAAUAAAACUUGUUUACAACACUUCAAACUUGCAGAAGUUUUUAAUGCUUAGAUGAUCACAAAAUACCUCUGGUCUAUGUGCAUGUUAGUGACACUUUUAUUUUUGUAGAGAGCUUUUGAUGUGUGUUCCAGAAGCGCCAUUGAAUGCCUUUUAUUUAACCUUCUGGGAAUGGAGAGCAUUUGCCUGAGGAACAGUUCAUGUCAUGUCUAACCUUUGACUGAAUAAAUCUUGUAUUUUAAAUGCAAGUGCCAAGAACUAAGCUUUGCUUGCAACCCCAGUAAAUCCAUAAAAUACCCUUAACUGGGCAGUUUUGAAUCUUUUGAUUUGUUUCAGAAGUUAACAGUAUUACAAAUUGGCCUUUUUUUCAGGGGACAUUAAGAGUAUGUUUUACUUUUUGUUCACAAUGUAGUGUCUUAGUUUUCUUCACUGAAUUCAAUUGUGGAAGUAUCCCAGCAGAUCAGUGUGUUGCUGGUUUGUAUAUAGCAAAUAAACUUUACAUUAAUCUACAA